GUGAAUUAAGAAAUGCCUUUUGUUUAAAUGCACUAAAGAGAACAAAAGUUUACGUUUUCUCCACCUGGAAUGUCGAUGUGCUUGAGGAUUGUAGUGGUUGAGUAUUUUAUUCUCUACUUGAGUUGCAUUAACUAAAAUAUUACAAUGGGUAAUUGAGUUAAUCGUUAAAUUUCAAUUUGCCUUUAAAAAUGAUUUCAUAGUUAGCUCAAAACUUAUAGUCACUUGUUAAGUUGUUAGUUUGCAUUUAACAAAACAAAAAGGCUUCUUGUCAGUUUUUUAAUUAAAAUAUAAGACGUGCAUUCAUGAUGAAAUUAUACAAUAUUACCUUCAACAGCUGUUGCUACCUUUUUUUCUAAUUACAAUUUUUUUUCAGCAUUGCCAUUAUAUAAAGACGAGACUGAAAAGAGUCAUUAGUGAUUUAGUUCAGACACAACAUAACACAUCGACUAAACAUGUCCGAACCAACUCCAAUCUCUGAUCCUUACGCUUAUCUCAACAUCGUAAAGAACCCAGAUGGCUCCAUCACCCGCGACCUCACGAAAUUCCCCUGCACCCCAGCCACACCUGAUCCCUCCCCACAAACCCCCGUCGUAUCCAAAGACAUCUCCAUCAACAAGUCAAAGUCCACGUGGAUGCGUCUCUACGCUCCCUCCUCCACCCUAAACGACGCCGUUCCCUCUCAAAAACUCCCUCUCGUCGUCUACUACCACGGCGGAGGAUUCGUCCUCUGCAGCGUCGACCUCCAAGUCUUCCACGGCUUCUGCUCCGACAUGGCGCGCGACCUCAACGCGAUCGUCGCGUCGCCUUCCUACCGUCUCGCUCCCGAGCACAGGCUCCCGGCGGCGUACGACGACGGCGCGGAGGCGCUGGAGUGGAUCAGAAACUCCGACGAGGAGUGGAUCAAGUCUCGCGCCGAUCUCUCCAACGUCUUCCUCAUGGGGACUAGCGCCGGCGGGAACUUGGCGUACAACGUCGGGAUGCGAUCCUCCGCCGCCGCAUCGGAUCUGAGUCCGUUGCGGAUCCGUGGGAUGAUUCUGCACCAUCCGUUCUUCGGCGGCGAGGAGAGAAGCGGAUCUGAGAUCAGGCUUGCGAACGAUCAGGUUUGUCCGCCGAUCGUCUCCGACGUGUUCUGGGAUCUGAGUCUUCCCGUCGGCGUUGAUCGGGAUCAUGAGUAUUCGAAUCCGACGGUGGGAGAAGGAUCGGGGGGUUUGGAGAAGAUCGGAGGGUUGAGAUGGAAGGUGAUGGUGGUUGGAGGGGAGGAGGAUCCGAUGGUUGAUCGGCAGAGAGACGUGGCGAAGCUGAUGAAGAGGAAGGGAGUGGAGGUGGUGGAGGUGUUUAACGACGGCGAUGUUCACGGUGCGGAGAUCGGAGAUCCGUCUAAGCGUAAACCUUUAUUUGCUUCCAUCGGGAAGUUCAUUUCUUCUUUUGCUGCACUGUAACAUUUAAAAAUUAAAAAAAAAAUCGAAAAUAAACUUAUUCUAUAGGCCCAAACGUUUAGAGGCCCAAGAGGCUUGUCUUAAACUGUUAAACAUCUCUCGUAGGCUUCUCA